CAACCCGCGGCUGCGGCUGGAAAGCCUGGGAGCGCGGCUUGCGGAGGCUCGGGCAGCAGGAGGAGCGUGUGAGCUGUGGGCGUCCCUUUAAGAGCGGCGGGACCGGCAGAGCCUCCGCCUCUCUGUCCGAGGAGCGCCGGGCGGUCACCUGGGGCUGUCGGACAGCCAGAUCUUGCUGUGGUACUGGCGCGCUUGCCUGAGGAGUUAGGAGACAGACCCCGUCGCGAGGUGCUGCGGAACGGUCUCCCAGCGGCUCUCUGCUGCGGAAGAUGCAGGAGCGCAUCUGGGCGUUGCUGCUGCUGCUGCUGCUGCUACCGCCGCCGCUGUGUGGCGGCCCCCCGGACAGCCCGCGCCAGGAACUAGAGCCUGAGCGCGGGCCUCUGCAGCCCUUCGACCUGCUCUACGCCAGCGGCGUGGCUGCCUAUUACAACGGGGAAUACGAGCAAGCGGUGCGCGACUUGGAAUCGGCGCUGCUCAGCCACCGGCGCCUGCGGGAAGUCCGCACGCGCUGUGCCCGCCACUGCGCCGUGCGCCGCCCUCUCGUGCCCCCCGGUGCCGGCCCCGGGGCUGAGCUGCCCUUCUUUCGCGCCUUGCUGGAGCGGGCGCGCUGCUACCGCAGCUGUGAGACCCAGCGCCUCGGGGGACCCGCGUCCCGACACCGCGUCAGCGAGGAUGUGCGCAGCGACUUUCAGCGCAGAGUGCCCUACAACUACCUGCAGCGGGCCUACAUCAAGCUUAACCAGUUGCAAAAAGCAGUGGAAGCUGCUCACACUUUCUUCAUGGCCAAUCCCGAGCAUAUGGAAAUGCAACAGAACAUUGAGAAUUACAGAAUGAUGGCUGGUGUGGAAGAGUUCCAGCUGAUAGACCGAGAAGCCAAACCUCACCUUGAGAGCUACAGUGCAGGCGUUAAACACUAUGAGGCUGAUGAUUUUGAAGUGGCUAUCAAGUACUUUGAACGAGCUUUACGAGAAUAUUUCAGUGAAGAUGUAGAGUGCAGAACUUUAUGCGAAGGGCCUCAGAGAUUUGAAGAGUAUGAGUACUUAGGGCAUAAAGGGGGUCUUUAUGAAACUAUUGCAGAUCACUACAUGCAGGUGCUGGUUUGCCAGCAUGAGUGUGUGAGGGAGCUUGCCACCCGCCCUGGCCGCCUCUCGCCCAUUGAGAACUUCCUUCCUCUGCAUUAUGACUACCUACAGUUUGCCUACUACCGAGUUGGUGAGUAUGUGAAGGCCUUGGAGUGUGCCAAGGCCUACCUCCUAUUCCACCCAGAUGAUGAGGAUGUCCAAGACAAUGUGGAUUACUAUGAGAGUCUAUUAGAUGACAGCAUUGACCCAGAAUCCAUUGAGGCCAGAGAGGACUUAAUUAUGUUUGUGAAACGACAUAAACUUGAAUCUGAACUGAUAAAAUCAGCUGCAGAGGGACUGGGAUUUUCAUACACUGAACCAAAUUAUUGGAUCAGAUAUGGAGGACGACAGGAUGAGAAUAGGGUCCCUUCAGGAGUGAAUGUAGAGGGGGCAGAAGUUCAUGGAUUAUCAAUGGGGAAAAAGUCAUCGCCCAAGAUAGAUCGAGAUCUAAGAGAAGGUGGCCCUCUGCUCUAUGAGAACAUCACUUUCGUCUACAACUCAGAGCAGCUGAAUGGGACCCAGAGGGUUCUCCUGGAUAAUGUCCUAUCAGAGGAGCAGUGCCGGGAGCUCCACAGCGUGGCCAGUGGAAUCAUGCUUGUUGGUGAUGGCUACAGAGGAAAAACUUCACCCCAUACGCCCAAUGAAAAGUUUGAAGGUGCAACUGUCCUGAAAGCGCUCAAAUUUGGUUAUGAGGGCCGAGUCCCACUGAAGAGUGCACGUCUGUUUUAUGACAUCAGUGAGAAGGCCCGAAAGAUCGUAGAGUCCUAUUUCAUGCUGAAUUCAACCCUUUAUUUUUCCUAUACACACAUGGUCUGCCGAACAGCCCUGUCUGGUCAACAGGAUAGAAGAAAUGACCUCAGUCAUCCCAUCCAUGCUGAUAACUGCCUGUUGGAUCCAGAAGCCAAUGAAUGCUGGAAGGAGCCUCCUGCUUACACUUUCCGGGACUAUAGUGCUCUCCUGUAUAUGAAUGACGACUUCGAAGGAGGAGAAUUCAUAUUCACUGAAAUGGAUGCUAAGACUGUGACUGCCUCUAUAAAACCAAAGUGUGGGCGUAUGAUCAGCUUCUCAUCUGGAGGAGAGAACCCACAUGGGGUGAAGGCAGUCACCAAAGGACAGAGGUGUGCUGUGGCUCUGUGGUUCACCUUGAACCCACUUUAUAGAGAAUUGGAACGAAUAAAGGCCGAUGAAGUGAUUGCAAUCCUGGAUCAGGAGCAGCAAGGAAAGCAUGAACUGAACAUUAACCCCAAAGAUGAGCUAUAAAAACAAGAAAGAAAGUUCUAUCAAAUAUUUAUUUAAAUUGUUAAUCUUAAAAGAACCUUUUUAUUUUUGUACAGAGCCAUGGUAUAAAUUAACAGGUUAACAUGAGUCAUUAGAUCUCCCUUCUGUUCCUUAGGGUGCUAGCUUUGCUUCACUUCUGUCUUUCUUGGUUUUUCUUCAGAUGAUGUUUCAAAGCUCAGUCACCUUCCCUUGCUCCACAUAUACACACCACACACAAACACAUCACACACGUACCACAUAACACACCACACACAUGCCACACAUAUAAAUACACGCCAAACACAUCACACAUACACAUACACAUGCACAAACACAUCUAAACACCAAAAAUACAAACCACACACAAAACACACACACACACACACAAUUUGCUGCACAUUCAAAAACUCAGAGAGAAUAAGCUGGUUCUUGGCGAAUCCACACUCUUAUGUGUGUCCCAGCUCUAAAGUUAGAGUGUGACUUGGUCUCAGCAUGCUUUCCUGGCUCGGUGCCUUUCCGCCAUGUCCUCUCGAGGUGCUGACAGCCGUGAGCUCAACUCUCCAGAGUCAGCUAAGCUUUGGGUCUGCAGAGCCCCUGGUGAAGUCUGCAUGGCCUCAGGUGUCCUGGGCAUGAGGGCCAUCCAAGCUCCAGGAGGGAAGCUCUUGGCUGAGGACUGCCUGCGACAGAGGGGCCGUCUUCCCAGGGCCUUGCUGGAGCUUUUGGUUCUGGUGUUCUCACCAGGGAACAACCUCACUCUGUACACUGGAAACUUCAGCUCACCCUCCAAGGUGCUCUGGGAGAGACUGCCCUCUGAGUUGUCUUCAAAAAGUCACAGAGAGGUUGGAAUGGAAUGGGUCUUCACUUCAGUGACUUUGGAAGAAAAUCUCUAAUCCCACCUGGCUCAGGACACUGUGGCCAGGCUGCUGGAGAGCGGCAGCCCCUAGAGGAAAGGGAUGUUUUAUACUAAGAAAAGUGAGUCUGAUUGAUUCCAGUCUUCAUCUGCUUAUAUUCAACGGCCCCUCCACAUUGCUGCUGCCCAGCUCACAGAUUCCUGCUUGUGUCGGAGUUGUUUAAUAAAGGGAGCUUUGUUUUAA